UACAACGGAUUCACAGACACCUCCGACUCGGCACGGAUUUAGCUUUACAAAACUAACCUCCUCUGCAUCCACAAUCCGGUAGAUAUCGGUGCUAUUGAAGAGAAAGUGUCAUUAUAAAAAUAAAAAACCGGACCAGUUAAGAGGCAAAAGGAGGCGUCUGUGCACAUCGACGGCCGUUAGCGGGUUCAGCUAGCCGUAUCGCGCGACACAUCUCGCCCGCAAGACGUCGGGCUGAAUUAGCGUGUGUUCUUUAAUUCACAUCCACAUCCAUAAAACUGAGCGAUACAGCAGAAUCUCAGCGCGUUCGGUGGAGCUGUCCGGCUCUUGCUCGCACCGCAGGCCUUGGUGUAGGUUCCGAGAAUGCUAAAGGAUGAGUCAGAGGGACACCCUGGUUCAUCUCUUUGCUGGAGGCUGUGGGGGCACUGUGGGUGCUAUAUUGACAUGUCCAUUGGAGGUGGUGAAAACGAGGCUGCAGUCUUCAACGGUGACGCUGUACAUUUCUGAAGUGCAGCUCAGUACUGUGAAUGGGGCCAGUGUGGCCCGUAUGUCCCCACCUGGGCCUCUGCACUGUCUCAAGUUAAUACUGGAGAAAGAAGGUCCUCGCUCACUAUUUAGGGGGCUGGGACCCAAUUUGGUGGGAGUGGCUCCGUCCAGGGCAAUAUAUUUUGCUGCCUACUCCACAGCCAAAGAGAAGUUGAACAAUGUGUUUGAUCCUGACUCCACACAGGUGCACAUGCUGUCUGCUGGUUUAGCAGGGUUUACUGCCAUCACAGCUACCAACCCGAUCUGGCUUAUUAAGACACGGUUGCAGCUUGAUGCCAGGAACCGUGGCGAAAGGCGCAUGAGUGCAUUUGAGUGUGUUCGGCGGGUCUAUCAGUCAGAUGGGUUACGGGGAUUCUACAGGGGCAUGUCUGCUUCCUAUGCUGGCAUAUCAGAGACUGUCAUCCAUUUUGUCAUCUAUGAAAGCAUUAAGCGCAAACUCGUGGAGUCCAAGGCCAAUGCUAAUAUGGAUGACGAAGAUGAAUCUGUAAAAGAUGCUUCAGACUUUGUCGGGAUGAUGCUGGCUGCUGCCACAUCCAAAACGUGUGCUACAUCAAUCGCUUACCCCCAUGAGGUUAUACGUACAAGACUACGUGAGGAGGGCAGCAAGUACCGAUCGUUCUUCCAAACUCUAAACAUGGUGUUCCGGGAGGAGGGUUACAGAGCUCUGUAUCGAGGCCUCACCACUCACCUGGUCCGACAGAUUCCCAACACUGCUAUCAUGAUGUGCACCUAUGAGCUGGUGGUCUACCUGCUCAAUGGUUAACUGCUAAAGUGAGAGAGACAGGGAAGGAGAGGGAGAGAGAGAAAGCAAGACAAACAGGGUGAGAAAGUGAAAGCUAGAUGGAGGCAGAGAGAGCGACAUUGUCCCAGGCUUAGACCAAAGGAAGUGGAAAAAAUCUAGAAAUGCAUUGUUAACCCAGACCUCCAGAGGGUGCUGUAGUCUCAUAGAGAAAAAGAAUGGGAGGUAUUCAAGUCUGUCAGACUGGAGUGUGUUUCUUAAAGCAAGACUGAUGGUGAACAGACAUGCCUAAAGCAGUCUGUCCAUUUGUUUCUCUUGAAAUGUUUUAAGAGAAGUCAGUUUUGAAAGGACAAUUAAAGAGGGGAAUGCUUGAAGAAAAUAAAAAAAAGGAAUUGGCAGAAUUCCUUUUACAGUCAGUCAAAAAAAUAAUGGAUUUACAUUCUUGUUAUAGUUUAAUUAAAUUUCUGUCAUUUCAUUUAAAAAAUCAUUUUAAUCUGAGCCAGUGUCUUAUGAAACUCUGAUUUUUCCCCCCUCCUUAAGAAUAGAAAAACAACUUGUUCUGAAGAUCUGAAGUGGCUAAAGGUCUUUGAAGGAAAAAAAGAAGCACAAUAAUUGUGUUUUCAAGUAUUUAACAUAUGCAGUGGAUCAAUAGCACUACUGUAAAGGAUGUCUCUGCAUUUUUCUGUUUUCUUUCCAUUUCAGUACAUCACCAAGUUUCAUAAAGACAUUUUGCCUUUUCAGAAGUUCAAGCAUUACCCUCUAGGGGUCACUUUCCAUUUUUACCUAGCAAUGCAGAUGGUUGACCAUGCACAAAUGUACGUUUGCUCUCAUUAAUUCAUGGUCACAUGAUUUGUGACCCCUCAUGUGCUUCAAACUGAAGUGUUUUUUUGUUAGGUUUAUUUUUAGUUUAACCAUACUUAUUUUGUGUGUUUUUUUUUUUUUUUAUCGUACUGUUGUUCUAAUAUCAGUAUAUAGUAUAUUCUGGGUGGUAUUUUCAAUUGGGAGAUAUUGUCCUGCUUGCAUCACUGGGCGUUUUUACUAAAAAAGGAGCGUGCUCAACAGUUCUCAGCUGCAAAAGCCUCUACUUGAAUUCCGCGUGUCAAAUUUUCCAAGAGCUUUGUUUUUGUGUUCAAUUUGGAGUGGCUAACCACCUACUAACAACAUGCCACAUUGCGAAAUAAUUUGUAGUAAGGCAAUUGAGUCAUUCAAAGUCUGUUGACUCUUCCUCUUUCCCAUUCCUGUGGGAAAUCAAGCUGAAUAAAUAAUGUCCCAUCCUCUAGAUUCCCUGUAACAGUGGCUUUUUACUGACCGUAUAUGCACUUUGUGGCCUGUCUAGGCUUGCGUAAAACUUUUUUUUCUGUUUCCUGUUUGGGACAAUUUUAAUCUUACAUUGUAAAACAUAGUAUUACUAUGUAAGCAAGAGUUUUGCUGAACAGUUCCCUUUGGAAGCUAUUGUACAGUUCAGUGUACUACACUUUUAGUGAAGGAUAUUCUUGUAUGUGUAUAUACUGUAUGUAUGCAUAUCAAUUAUCUAGUGUUCAUAACUUAAGUCCUCUGAUUAUGCAGUAGUUUGCAGUUACAAAAGUGUUAUUUGAAUGACUGCAUUUGUUUGAUAGAUCAAUUGCAUAAGGAUGUGUUGAAACUCAUUUUGUCGAAUGUUUUUACCUUUGCAAUUUAGAUUUCAUCACUCCUCAUUCUGGCCCCGGAGUCGUGAAAAUUCAGUCUUUUCAUCUCAAUUGUUUGCUUACAUACUGUUGUCUGUACUUUCAUGAUAUAAAGGAGCUCAAACUGUCCAUGUCAUCCACGUAAUCUUUCCAGACAGUUUAUUACCAAUAUGUGGGCUUCAAAUGAUAAUUUAAGGUUUUUUUAUUAAGCCUCAUGCUGGUAGAUCCCCUACAUAGCCUCCAGGGUACUGUAAGCAUCUCUUAGUUGUAAUAGUAACAGUAUUUUCCUAGCAAUGGUCAUGGUAGCAUUAAUCAUCCAUAUACCGAAGUGGUGUGUGUUAUCAGAUACUGGUUUCAUACAAUUCAGUGAGUGCUCUUCACCUUAUUGUCCAUUUCGUCAUCAAUAUGUGUAAUGCCCUCUCCGCUGCUAAUGAAGAUCUGGAAUACUGUAUUGGUCUUUGUCACACAUUGGUUUUUAUUGCUGAUUAUAUACACAAAUUCUGGAGUAUUUUCACAACUAACAUGAUUUUUCUUUUUUUUUUUUUUUUUUUCAAUUUGAUCAAUUAGCAUAUUUGUUUUUGAAAGCCAAACAGCAAAUUUUCAAUAUAAUUGGUAUACUUUGUAAAAUAUCAAAAAAGAGAAUAAUCAUUAAUGGAUUACUAAUAAUAGCUGAUAAAUAGUUGUGCUAUAUUUAAAGAUUUCAUGUCCAUGUGUUAGAAACAAACAAGCAUGAUGCUUUAAGUUAGCAUUCAACAAAUGCACUUCACAGUUGCACAGCGGAGAGACUGUAGCGGCAUUACCCUGGUACACUGAAUUGCAUUUUUAAAAUGUUUUGAUGGAGUUGUCAUUAGGUAUGAGAGACUGAACAUUCUCUCAAAUGAGCCUUAUAAUUUGACAGAAAUAUUGAAAAUGCAUUCUAGAUUAAUAUAUUCAUCUUCAUUUCACUGUUAAUGACACAUUCAGUAGUUUUUCAUGUGUGGUGUCUGUAUUGCACAGUCUAACAUGACCAACCCUAAAACAAUUGUCAACACUUUUCAUUUCAAUUGUUUUUAUUUUGCUUCUUUUUUUUUUUUUUUACAUCUGUUUUUAUGGUAAACUUGGCCUAUUUGCUGGUAAUGUGAUAUCGUACCUCUUUUUGUACAAACUGUCAAUAAA